AUGUCGGAUGUUUUAAUGAGUGCCGGUUGCAAAAACUCCUUUACAGAUUCUGAUAUUUUAUUCAGGGUGUGGUUUGGUCGUUUUGUCAUUGUGGUGGAUGCAAAGGUGUCCAUCAAGGUCAAUCCAUAUGCUGAAAGUCAACUGAUGAUGCAGAUAUGUUGGUUGGAGUUGGACGUUGGUGGCAUUGGCAGUAACGCAUCCAACAAUAUUAAUGGCGGAAAUAGGACUGGCAGUGGCAUCUUCAGCAAUAUUUUCGAGCCCAAAAGUGGCAGCUGGCUCCAGCUGUCUAAUCUCCUUUCACAGUUUGGUGGUCUCGGAAGUGGUGGCUUGGGCGAGAACGGCCGGGCAGUUCACUUGCCUGCCAAUCUGAUGGCCGACGCCAAGGCGAAAUUUCAAAUCCACCAGUUUGAUGUCGUUGUGAGUGACCUGAUCAGCGUCAAUCGGUCAUUAUCCGACCGACGAAAUUCUCGCUGUCUUUCACAGAACUAUGAAAAGGAGGCGGCAGCUUCGGGUCUCAACUCAAGCAUAAUAAUUGUAUUUCAUAAUGAGGCCUGGUCGACUCUCCUUCGCACGGUUCACUCGGUGCUCAAUCGGACUCCUCCCAACCUUCUUCAUGAAAUACUGCUCGUUGAUGAUGCCAGUGAUAAAGGGAUAUUUCGCAUGAUAUCUAAAAUGCUUAUGCUGGAAAAUGCUCUGUAUUGGUUAAGGCAUCCCGCCAUUGCUUCCAUGUCAACAGGACCAAACGAGAUGGAAAGACGCGUACACGUCCAGCAGGACUUCAAAGCCAAUGCAAUUAUUCCCUUUCGCGAAAGAAAUGUAAACCGCCAGGUCUAUGACAAGUUGGGAGGAGAGAUCACCCUGGAUGUGUACUGUGUAUUGUGA